AAUGGAACCAAGGCAUGGAUUCUCUCGAACUCAGGCACUAGGUUUCUCUUCCCUUUAGAACCUAACGCCUAUUGUGUUCCUUCGAACCUAAUCGUGGGUUCUUUGGAACCCAAGCGUUGGGUUCCUUCGAACUCAGCAUGCUUGGGUUCGAUGGAACCCAAGCACGCGUUCUUUUGAACCCAGCAUGCCUGGGUUCGAUGGAACCUACGCGUGGGUUCUGUCGAACCCAGGUGCUAGGCUCCUUGGAAUCCAACACGCCUGGGUUUCUCUCUCACUCUUUCUCUAAAUUCAUCACCGAUUUCUUGUUUAGGUAAGCUAUCUUGAUCGUUUAGUUUCGAGGCUUUGUUUUUCCAAUUUGAGAUUACAAUGGAUCGAUUUAUGUUUGGCUGAUCUGAGGAUUUUGUCGCUUGUUCUGAUGUUUUUGUGCUAUUGAAAGUGAGAUCUUUGUGUACAUUGACGAUCUUUAUCGCCAAUUUUGCAAUUUUAAUUCGUUCUGGCUUUAGUUGGUUUUAGUGAUUUCUUUAUUUGGUUUCCUGAUCUCUAGAUCUGUGUUUUAUGAUUCUACUAUUGUUUAGCUGGAUCUGCUUUAUUAUGUCUAGAUUCUGAUAGUAGUGUUCUUUCGCCUGGGUUCCAUCAAACCCAGGUGUGGGGUUCUUUCGAACCCAGGCGUGGGGUUCUUUCGAACCCAGGCGCGAGGUUCUUUUGAACCCAAGCGCUGGGUUCUUUUUGUUUCUUUCGAACCAGGGGCAAAAUAUAAAAAAUAAUAAUAAUAAUAAAUUUCUCCUUUUUUUUUUGUGUGUUUUGUUGUUAGAUGAUGAUGAAGAAGGCAAGGCAAGGAAGAGGAAGGAAAAAGAAAGGUGCUUGUUGAGGAACCCAGCAUGCUUGAGUUUGAUGGAAGAGCUCUGUUGUUCUAGGGUUCCAAUGGGAAGAACGAGGAAGAAGGGUUCAGUUUUUGCAGGGGUGGGCCCCAUCUUUUUUUUUUUUUUUUGGUUUGGUUCUUGAUGAGAAUGAAACAUUUCAUACAGC